CCACCUCGCCAAGAAGAAAUUAACCCGAGAUUUUCUCCGAACACCUCGACGACCCCAUCGAGAGCAAGCAGCGGCUGGUUGAUUUUGAUCGAUCGAUCGAUCGAUCACCGGUGAUGGCGGCGGAGGCGGCGGCGACGAGCAGGUUCGCGGCGGCGUGCGGCGCGCUGAGCCAGUACGUGAGGGCGGCGGAUAACGUCCACAGGGCGCGGACGGCGGCGGCGGCGGCGGCGGUGCGGCCACUCCCGCUCAUGCCGGGGGCCGACGUCGCCGGAGACGAGCGGGAGGAGGAAGGAGGCGGCGCCGCGGCAUCGUCGGCGGCGGCGCAGAUGACCAUCUUCUACGGCGGGCGGGUGCUGGUGCUCGACGAGUGCCCCGCGGACAGGGCGGCGGCGCUGCUGCGGCUCGCCGCCUCGUCCAGGGGCGUGCCCCGCGACGAUCUCGCCAGCACUGCCGCCGCCGCCGGCGAGUCGGCGGACCUGCCGGUGGCGAGGAAGGCGUCGCUGCAGCGGUUCAUGGAGAAGAGGAAGGGCAGGCUCGCCGCCCGCGGCCAGCCGUACCGGCGCCACGACGCCGCGGCGGCGGCGCGCGGCGACCACCUCGCGCUCGCGCUCUGAUCAGUACACGUCAGCUUUAAUCCCAUAAUUAACGAGGCCGUGAGGAUGCUUAUGCUUGCAGCAUUUGUACAGUGCACGAUUAUUCCUAUCUGUCACAAGUAGUAGUAGUAGUUUUAGUAGUAGUACAUAUGCUAGGGAUCAUAUAAUUUCAUUGGAAAGAGUUGAAAUGUACAGAAAAAAAAAUACUGAAAGAACGAUGAUGGAAUUCAAACAUCUCUAUGUUAAAUUUGGUCUCUUUUUCA